AUGUCCUCGUCCGUCCUCGAGGUCCCCUCCAAGACCUUCACCCGCGCCGAGGUCGCCAAGCACAACACCGAAGAUAGUGUCUGGUUCGUCAUUGACACCGUCGUCUACGAUGUUUCCGAGUUCCUAGAUGCCCACCCCGGUGGUGAGGCUGUCCUCCGUCAGGUUGCCGGUACCGAUGCCACUGCCGCUUUCUACAACCUUCACAGACACGAGGUUCUCCAGAAGUACUCUGACCUUGCCAUCGGCACCAUCGAGGGCGAGAAGCAGUCCAUCAUCACCCCCCAAGCUGGCGAUCUUUCCACCGUCCCAUAUGCCGAGCCCCUCUGGCUCACCCCCCAGUUCAAGUCCCCUUACUUCAAGGACAGCCACCGCAAGCUCCAGAAGGCCAUGCGCAUCUUCACCGACAAGUACAUCACCCCCGAGGCUCUCGAGAAGGAGCGCUCCGGCGAGAUCGUCUCCCAGGAGCUUAUCGACCGCAUGUCCAAGGCUGGUGUCCUCCACAUGAGAAUGGGUCCCGGCAAGCACCUCCACGGUGUCAACCUCCUCGAUGGUGCCGUCGACGGCAAGGAGUUUGACUACUUCCACGACAUGAUCUGCUCCCAGGAGGCUGUCCGCGCUGCCUGCCGCGGCUUCCAGGACGGCAACAUGGCCGGUAUGGUCAUUGGUCUCACCUGCGUUCUCAACUACGGCCACAAGAACCCCGCCCUCAAGGCCAAGGUCGAGGAGGAGUGCUUCUCUGGCAAGAAGAAGAUCUGCCUCGCCAUCACCGAAGCCUUUGCCGGCUCCGACGUUGCCGGCCUCCGCACCACCGCCAAGAAGACCCCCGACGGCAAGCACUACAUUGUCAACGGCACCAAGAAGUGGAUCACCAACGGUGUCUUCUCUGACUACUUCGUCACCGGUGUCAACACCGGCAAGGGCUUGUCGGUGCUCCUCAUCCCCCGCGGCGAGGGCGUUGAGACCAAGCCCAUCAAGACCUCGUACUCCCCCGCUGCCGGCACCGCCUACAUCACCUUUGACAACGUCAAGGUCCCUGUCGAGAACCUGUUGGGUGAGGAGAACAAGGGCAUCUAUGUCAUCCUCUCCAACUUCAACCACGAGCGGUGGACCAUGGCCUGCGCCACCAUCCGCUACAUGCGUCUCGUAACGGAGGAGUGCCUCAAGUGGGCUCACCAGAGAAUCGUCUUCAAGAAGAGGCUCAUCGACCAGCCCGUCAUUCGCCAGAAGCUCGCUAAGAUGAUUGCCCUUUGCGAGUCUCACCAGUCCUGGCUGGAGACCAUCACUUACCAAAUGUGCAACAUGUCCUACUCCCAACAAGCCAAGCACAUGGGCGGCCCCAUCGCCCUCCUCAAGAUGUCUUGCACCCGCGCCGCCCACGAGAUCGCCGACGAGGCCGUCCAGAUCUGGGGUGGUCGCGGUUUGACCCAGACCGGCAUGGGCCGCGUGAUUGAGAACUUCAACAGGACGUACAAGUUUGACUCCAUCCUGGGCGGUGCCGAGGAGGUUCUUGGUGAUUUGGGUGUCAGGCAGGCUAUGAAGUUUAUGCCCAAGGCUGUCUUGUAA